AGUUGCCGGACCAGUCGAGUUGUGUCAGCGCUCCCUAAGAUGGCGGGGGUGUUUGAGGUGGAGGUUGACGGCGUAGAACACGAUCACGGGCACGACGAUGAACCCGUUCAGAUCGAUCUCUCACACCUUUCACCAGAGGAGAAGUGGAGACUGGAACAUGCGAGAAUGCACGCCAAACACAAAGGGCACGAAGCCAUGCAUGCUGAGAUGGUGCUCAUCCUCAUCGUGACUCUUGUUGUCGCUCAGCUCGUCCUGGUGCAGUGGAAACAGCGCCACCCCAAAUCCUAUAACUUGGUGACCCUCUUUCAGAUGUGGGUGGUUCCUCUUUACUUCACCACAAAGCUGCACUGGUGGCGAUUCUUGGUGACGUGGUCCAUCUUCUCUGUCGUCACUGCUUUCAUCACGUUCCGUGCCACUCGCAAACCGUUGGCAUGCACCACACCAAGAUUGGUUUACAAAUGGUUUCUCCUCUUGUACAAGAUCAGCUACACGACAGGCAUUGUGGGAUACAGUGUCGUCAUGUUCACACUCUUUGGCAUCAAUCUGAUAUUUAGAAUAAAGCCGGAAGAUUCCAUGGAUUUUGGUGUUUCCAUGCUCUUUUACGGUCUCUAUUACGGCGUCCUCGGCAGGGAUUUUGCAGAGAUGUGUGCAGACUUCAUGGCUUCCACAGUAGGGUUUUACAGCGCAUCCGGAAUGCCCACUAAACACCUCUCGGACAGCAUCUGUGCCGUGUGCGGUCAGCCCAUCCUGGUGAGCGUGGAUGAAGAGGGGAUCAUGGAGAACACCUAUAGGCUCUCCUGCAAUCAUGUAUUCCAUGAGUUCUGCAUAAGAGGGUGGUGCAUUGUGGGAAAGAAACAGACAUGCCCAUACUGCAAAGAAAAGGUGGACCUGAAGAGGAUGUUCAGUAAUCCCUGGGAGAGGCCUCACGUCAUGUACGGACAGUUACUGGACUGGCUUCGCUAUCUCGUAGCCUGGCAGCCGGUCAUCAUCGGACUCGUGCAGGGCAUCAACUACAUCCUGGGUCUGGAGUGAUGGCCACACCCAUCCCACAGAAAGAAAGAAAGAAAGAAAGAAAGGAGAGAGUAAGGGAGAGUGAGAGACUAUAUACACAAUCUGUCAUGGGAUUAAACGGACACUGGUACUGGAACUUUAAUCAUCAAAAAGUGUAAUGUACUGUAUUUUUGCACGCACACACAUCGUGCAUCUGUGUAUUUAAAAGAGGAGAAAAAAGAAAUCCACUAGAGAUCUGGCAUUGUUUUUGAAAUGUACUUUAUUUUGGAAUCGUAAGAGGGUUGGGGGUUUUUUGGGGGGGUUGGUUUUUUUUAGGAAGCAACUAACCUGUCUUAAUCUUUCUAAUCAUACCGGUAAGUUAUGACCUCAAACUUUUUUUUGUACUCUUUUUUUUUUUUUUCCAGUUACAGUCAAAUUGUCUGUUCCAUCCAUUGAAAAACUUUCACUUCUCGUCAAUGAAGUUUAUUUAUUUAUUCCCCCCCAUGAGUUUUUAUUUUUCACAUUGGCCAGAACCUCUCAAACUACAGGAAAUGUUUAUCUGCGAGACAGCGUGAGUCGGGGACGUUCCCAGGAUCAGGAUGAGAGUUUUAAAUGAAAAAAUUCCUGGAUGCCGAGAUGUUGUUUUUUUUAAAAACAGUUCCUCUUUUACUCCUCGGAUUUCACCGUCGCUGGGAGAAGGGUGUUUCAAAUUAUCUUCUGUUAAAGGAUUUUUCUUCAUGUUUCCCCGGUUACAAUCAGUUUCAUGUCAUGAUGGAAUUAGUGUUGAAAGUAUUCUCUGUUUUAAAAAAAAAAAAAGGUCUCUAGUAAACUUUCAGAAAUGUUGAAGAUCUAAUCAAAACUUAACUUCACAGCUGCGGAAAAUAAAGUGAUUAAAGGAGGAUAUUUUUAUUAAAA